UUCGUUCGUUCGUUCGAUAACACGUACCGUGACGUGACGAUCGUAUUUAUCGUUAUGCUUCUAUUUACGAUAUCGAUACGAAACUAAGCAAGAAAUAGAUCGAAAAGUUAACGAUGAGCGUUCGUUGAUGCGCGUAGACGGUUGAUAAAUAGAAAGUACUGUGAAGUCUGUGAGUGAUAAGAAUUUUAUAUGAAAAGUUAAACGCAUGGAUGAGUGAAAAAGUGAUACUACCAAGGGAUUUGCGAAAGGAUUUGGAGUAAUAUCAACAAUAUUUUGUAUUUUUCUUUUUCACGAUGAGUAAGUUCGAGUAAUAGGUAUACAAAUCGAUUAAAAAUUAUAUAUAUAUAUAUAUGUAUAUGUAUAUGUAUAUAAUUAGUAAUAUAAAAAGACAUAUAUAACGUGGAAAAAGAUUCUUGUGAAUCAAGUUGGACUUGAAAUGAUGACCCUCGUAACCGAUACCGUCCCGUACGCGUACGACAGCGUAACCAGCAGGUCGAGUUACGACGCUUAUCGACAUCAUCAUUUACAUCACCAUCAUCAUCAUCAUCAUCGUCAUAGACACAUCUAUGCGUCCACGGAUAACGAGUAUCUUUCGAGUUACGUUGGCAAGAGAGACACGGAGGAACGACAGAUGAGGAACGUCAACGCCGAUAACAGUUUGGCGUCGGUCAGCUCCGCUCAUUUUCGUCAUGAAAACGUCAGGACACAGUCUCGAUACAUCCUAGACUCGGACGAUGCUUCGUCCGUUGUUUCUGCAGACGCCUCGGCGGAUCUCGAAUCGCCAUCGGCGGACGGAGAAGAAACGAACGAGAGUGAAACGGUCGAGCAUGUGCCACAUCCACACGUUUUGGACACGGGAUCGCCUCACGGUCCACGGAGAUGUCUCCUUUGGGCUUGCAAAGCUUGUAAAAAGAAAACCGUAACCGUCGACCGUAGGAAAGCUGCCACCUUGCGUGAAAGAAGACGCUUGAGAAAGGUGAACGAAGCUUUCGAAGUUUUGAAACGAAGAACGAGCAACAAUCCGAAUCAACGUUUACCCAAAGUGGAGAUCCUUCGAAAUGCAAUAGAAUACAUUGAAAGCUUAGAAGCCUUGCUGCAGGGCAACCGAUCUUCCGGUUCGCAGGAUCAUGUGUCCAUGGAAAAUAUGAACGGGGAGUCUCCGCAAUACGUGACGGACAGACUUCGACAAUUCUCGGAUCCCUUGGCAAGGUUUCAACCAAUUAACGGAUUCGAGCAAGUCGAAACGUCGUCUGGUCAAGGUAACGGAAGCAGUUUGGAUUGUCUGAGUAUGAUCGUUCAAAGUAUCAAUGGACCGGCACAAGCUCCGAUGGAGAGUCAUUACUCGUCGCAUCAUUAGGAUUAAGACAGUAUUAACGGAGACUAUCCGGAGCUCGAAAAGCUCGACGCAUCGAAGCAACGUUGAAAAGUAUUCAUAGAGAUUUAGCGAUAAGUAAAGUCGAAGGUCGAAUUUAACUAUUCGAUUCAGAUCCCAAAGAAUACGGAUAAAAAUGUAUCGAUCAGAAUUAUCCGAUUAAAGUUAAGUACAACAGUAUACGUUGCCGACUCAAAAACCGUGGAGAGAAAGUUGGUGGGUAUAAACGAUGCACAACUUUCACGGAUGUUGCUAAUUCGCGAGAUUAACAUUUUUUUUUUUUAACAAACUUCCGUGGGAUGCGAGUAGUACGAGGUAGCUCGUUAAAUUAACUCCAUUCUACGAUAAAAAUGUGUACACAAUUAGAUUUGUAUUUUCCGAGAUUGUGAGCUUCGUCUUUCUCUCUUUUUUUUUUUUUUUUUUUUUUUGUUGAAAAUACCUAUACAUUUUCUACGUAGUUUAGUGUAAGACGAAAAAAAGAACAAAAAGUAUAAAAACGUACAACGAGAUCGUCGCGUGUUCGACAGAACGUUGGAAUCUUUUAUUUUCUAGUCCCAGAGAAGGUAUUUGUCUAAGUGCUGCGAGUACGAAAAAUAUAAUUAGAAAAUUUUUCCGACACUAUCAGAGAGGGAGAGAGAGAGAGAGAGAGAAAGA